UGCAGAGGUUCAGAGGAGCGUACGCCGCCGGUGGGAAAAUAAGCUGCGUUUGUGAUAUUGUGUAGCCAACUAGGCAGUUAGUUAACAUUUGUCUGUAUUUAAUAUUAAAGUCUUUGUGUUUGAGGGCGGGAGACCGGAAAAGUUUCCCGGAUAGCUGCUCAUAGUGGUCGCAGUGCGUUAGCUGUAGCUAAACCGGAGACGGGAUGUAAAUGAAUCCAGACGGGACCAGCCCCAGGAGCCGGCAGCAGCAGUCAGUCACACCCUUGUCUGGGGGUUACUGAGGAAACCCUGCAUGCUGAGCAACAUUAACGCGCUAUCCUUCACGUGUUGUUAUGCUUCAUAUAAACACAUGUUAGCUUCAAACUUCUGAAAAAUAGAGUGAGUUAAAAAGGGAAGAGCGGAGAGAGGAUAUGACUGACUCAUGGCACGGACAGAGGAGAUAACCCUGAACGGUCUGUCUGCUGCAGUGCCAACCAGAUAGCCUCGUAACUAGCCAGACAGCUAAGUUAUUUACACACCCAGUCGUUUCUAUUAUACACCCCCCCUCGUAGUAGCGUUAUGACUUCCCCGAUGUACACCUUUGUCACCCGCGACGACAACAGCUCUGUUUAUGCAGAAGUUUCCAAAAUCCUCGUCUCCACUGGACAAUGGAAGAGGCUGAAAAGAGACAAUCCCAGAUUCAACUUAAUGCUUGGUGAACGGAACAGACUGCCCUUUGGACGUCUAGGUCACGAGCCAGGACUGAUGCAGUUGGUGAAUUACUACAGAGGAGCAGACAAGCUCUGCAGGAAGGCGUCUUUGGUCAAGCUAAUAAAGACCAGCCCGGAGCUGUCCGACUCCUCUAACUGGUUCCCGGAAUCUUACAUCAUAUAUCCGACUAACCUCAACACCCCGGUUGCUCCAGCUACAAAUGGCAUUAGCCAUCUGAAGAAUAAUCCCAAGACAGAUGAGCGGGAAGUUUUCUUGGCCUCCUAUAACUCUAAAAAAGAAAGUGGAGAGGGCACAGUGUGGAUAGCCAAGUCAUCUGCUGGAGCUAAAGGUGCUGGUAUCUUGAUAUCCCAUGACGCUAAUCAGCUGCUGGAGUACAUUGAUAAUCAGGGACAGGUUCAUGUUAUACAGAAGUAUCUUGAGAAACCUCUGCUUCUGGAGCCGGGACAUCGGAAGUUUGACAUCAGGAGCUGGGUGUUAGUGGACCAUCAGUACAACAUCUAUUUAUACCGGGAGGGUGUGCUGCGGACCUCCUCAGAGCCCUACAACAGCUCUGACCUACAGGACAUGACGAGCCACCUGACCAAUCACUGCAUCCAGAAGGAGCACUCCCAGAACUACGGACGAUACGAGGAGGGGAACGAGAUGUUCUUUGAUGAGUUCAGACUGUACCUGCUGAAGACUCACAAUGUCACCCUGGAGACCACCAUAUUACCUCAGAUCAAGCAGAUCAUAAAGAGCUGUCUGACGUGUAUUGAGCCAACAAUCAGCACCAAGCACCUGUCCUACCAGAGCUUCCAGCUCUUUGGAUUUGACUUCAUGGUGGACGAGAGCUUCAAAGUUUGGCUCAUCGAGAUCAACGGAGCUCCAGCCUGCGCACAGAAACUGUAUCCAGAGCUGUGUCAAGGUAUCGUGGAUGUGGCCGUUUCCAGUGUCUUCGCCCUGAACAGCAGCGGUGACUCUUCAUCUGCUUCCUCUUCUCCUUAUUCCUCCUCCCCCUCUUCCACAUUCAGCACCAACUCCUGCUCCUCUCCCAAACUGCGAGGGCCUCUUAACGUGGGUCCUUUCACUCGACUGUAAGCACACAAAUAUUCCCCUCAUCUCCUCCGUACUAGAAGCUUCUUCAUGCUCUGUCCUCACUCCCAAACUCUACCUGAAGAGUAGCACAUGCCAGCGAGCCAAACCUCGAAUUGUACCUUGUUUGUCGUACCUGUGGGGAGUCUUACCACAGAAAUAAUGUCUGCUCUUCUGAUUAUGCAUAUUAUGAAUGUGAGGACGGUUCUGAAUGGAUCAACAAACUUUCUGGGAGUUUGUGAAUGAGGACAGACGCUCUUCCAUUUCAGUUCCACCACCGGUUUCUCCCCAAGCAGAUUAAUGGAGUACUGAAGGAUGCAGAGACGCUCCAACUGAGACUGUAGUGCCUUACAUUUCCAGCCACGCUCCCUUAAAAAGACUGCCAGUUAGCUUGCUCUGUUACUGUGACAUGUAUUUGUUCUAUAAGCCUUUGCACUGUUGCUCUAUCAAGUCAAUGCGGUCACGAUCAGUCCACAAGAAUUAGCGUAAAACAGAUUCCGCGAUAUUUCAGAUGACAUCAGACAUGUUUCUCAUUUUUAAUCUUUUUUAAAAAUUAUUAGUUAUUGUUUCAGUUUCAGUGAGGAAUGUGAUCAAGAAUAGAGCUAAAUAUGUUUAAACAUAAAAAGACUAACACUAAAGAAAUGUGUCGGAUGAGCUAAACUCUUAACUUGACCGUGUGGCCACAGAAUAUUCACAUUCAGGGUGGCCUAAAUAAACAGGGACACUGUCCUUGAUAUAACCCAGGUUAUGUUCUGCUGGAGUCUCCCUGACCUUUGACCUCUUUAUGACAGAGGAGAGAGAAGGAGAGGAAAAGUAUUAGCUGUUUUCAACAAAUUCUUAACAAAAUAGUCCAACUGAAGAUGUUUUAUUUGUCAUUUGAAGAAAGCAUGUUUGUGUGAAAGCAUGUAGUAGUAUGCAUCCUCAUACAAGCCCCCCAAACAGCACCUUUUGCCCCAGUUUGUACAGAGCUGCCCCAGUGUCAGUGUUUUAUUUCUGACGGAUGAAAAGCUAGACUGUCAUUGUAAAGUGUUGUCAAUAAGUGUGUGUGUGUGUGUGUAUGUGUGUGGAUUAUGUUUUUGAACUGUUGACAUGGAAGUAGAGUAGACUGUACAAAGUGUGUUAUUGAUUAUUAAAAGCAUUUAAAGACCCCAUGAAACUGAACAUAUUUGCUUGUACGAUAAAAGAGCCGAUGGAGACCAAAAACACACAAGCUUACUUCAUACUUUGUCUCGUGUUGCUACCAAAGAAAAGUCAGCGGACAGCCAGUGGCUGUAAGGAGGUCACAGUGUACACACGCAGGUGUUCAUCUCGUCACUGCCUCUCCUUCAGUUACUGUCUGACAUGCUCUCUACACUCUUGUUUUUAUCAUAGCAGCAUUUCAUUAACAACUUUUUUUUUGUUUUUGUUUUUGUUUCAUGGGGUCCUUUUAUAUAUAUAUUUCAGUUCUUUUACUUUGACUAAAAUCUCCUUGUGAGUAGACGAGACAUUAGAGGUUUAACUUGUGUCAAAUGUGUGUUAUGUUACUGUUUGUUAGAAAGGAGUGUUUAGUUUUUCUUUAGAGGUGAGACUCAAAAUUUGCUCAAAAUUUAUGACAGCUGCACGCUGGGUAGUUUAUUCAACUGCUGUGUGUACAGGGGCUCGUUUAAACACACCAUAAGUCACUAUAAUGUUAUAAACCCUGCUGUUUCUGUUUUUAGUUCAAAUGUGUAAGGCUUUGCUUCCCAUGUGAGUUAAGGGACACCAUCAGCAUUUAUUUAUGUUUUUAAUCACUGUGUAUUUGUGUUUACAAGAUGACUGAAGGAUAAAUGAAGGAUAUGUACGUGGUGGAAGGACAGAAAGAUGGAGGAGUUCAAGCAGGUGAUGGCGAUGAAUUCAACCUUGUUCGUUUUUAAAGAAACAGGGCACUAGUCACAAGUCACUAAGAAGAUAUGACGUAUCUAUUUCUGUGAUGUAUUACAGAGACCUGCUGCAGCUGAAAUGGUGUUUGAAAGUUUGGCAGAUAUUAGCAGAAAAAUGGUUACUCAUUUCAUGAUUGUGUUGGCAAAUGAGUUAAAAAUGUCUGCAUCAAAAACGAACUAUCAGUAUUUCCUUUUAUUCAAUUUGUAGGGAAAUGUCUUUCCAUCAAAGGGAAGGGUGCCUUAGAGGGAAUUGCAUAUUUAUGACAAGAAGCAAUGGACCUCCAGCAUUUAAACGCACCUUCAUCUGUAUGUUUGUAUUGAAGUGAAUCUUCCUUAUUCAUUAUUAGACCUCUUUUAAAUAUUACGAUGUCAUUUCCUUCUAUUCAGAGUUCUCUGCAUGUCUGACUCAUCAUAUCUCUCCUGGAUUUCCUCAUCUUUACCAAAGAUCCAAUUCAUGCUGUGUUUUCAGUGUCAAAUGAUGUUUUGUAGUUGCUGUAAUCUGGAUAUUAUCAGGCCAACAUGAUCUAAAAACAAGACUCAUAUUCAGAUGGAUGUCUGUGCUGUGUUUUCUUUUCUUUUUUUGUUAGGUAAUGUUUUAUCCAAAAUCUUGCAUGAACAUUUGUCUUUAUCAGAAACAAUAUUACUAGAAUAAAACAACAUUACUAUUGUCAAGCUUCUGUCAAGUGUACAUUUCUGCUUUGCAUGGUUCAAUUGAUUUCCUCCUGCUUCAAGUGUUUUUGCUAUGCUCAGUUAAACACAUCCCAGACACACUGUAAUUUAUAUAUAUAGGCCUCAAGAUCAAGCAGCAAUCCAAGAGAAGUCGAGUGUUUCUGGACCAUGACUGCAGCUUGUGGGUAAGAUAAACUGAGUGGCUACAAAUACAAACAUAUGCUUUAAUGCAUUACUUAAAUCAAUUCAAUAAGCAACUGUUGACAUAUAAUGAGAUCUCUUCCUAUCAUUCCUGAGGUGUGUCAACAGAAGAGGGAUCGAUCUGUACCACAAAAAUCAAUACAACAGCCCUGGAAUAAAUGUUUCAAUUUAUUUUGAGUUUCUUUUGUAUCCGUUUCAAUAGUUAAUAUUCAUAUGUCAUUGCUACAUAUUGUAUGUGUAUCAAUCUCUUAAAGGAAAACACACAAAACAUAAAUAUGAAAAAUAUAAACAAAAGCCUAAAACAGAGUUGUGAAUGAAGCAGAUUACUCACAAAACCACUCAGAAUAUUGAGCCAUCUUUCACACCUCCUCUAUCUGUGCAAGGCAUGGACUAACACGGUGCAAAAUCUUGCAUCGAGCUCACUGGACCAAAGAGAAGCUAUCAGUAAGAUUCCCAGACAUAGAUCUAGCAUGCAACCGCUGUAAAAUGACCCCAUCCUCAUAUUUCCACACGUUUUGGAGCUGCUCCAAACUGACGACCUACUGGACUUCGGUGUUCAUAACACUUUCCGAGGUCCUGGAGGUGUCUAUUGCCCCCUGCCCCAUCAACCGUCCGCUGUUUAAUUAGUUAACAACAAGUUAAUUAGGACAACCACUGACUUUGUUGUGUUUAGAUGAUAACCCACUUAAAUACUAUUCAGUACAUACUGCACUUAUCUAAUGUUUUUAAAAAAAUUUUUUGUUUUUUUUGCUUUUUUUGUUUGUUUAUUUGUUUGUUCUGUUUUCUAUAACACUUUUCCUUUUUAUAUUCAUAUAUGUCUUUUUUUACAACAUACUUAACAUACAUUGUCUUAAAUGUACUCACUUUAUUAUUAUUAAUCUAUCUAAAUAUUUUUUAUUUUUACUUUUCGGGACAGGGAUUUCUCUGAGUGUUCUUGUUUGUCUGUGUUAUACUAUGAGAAAAGCUUAAUAAACAAAGUAAAAAAAGAAAUUAAAAAAAAGAAUACUGAGCCAUCUGUCAAACUCAACUGACCACUUUGGAUCUCUUCAGGUGUGGAUAUAGAUGAGCCUGAAUUUGGAUUGAUUUGGAAUCAUCUAUCCACCUGAAUGUCUUUGGACUGUGGGAGGAAGCUGGGGAGACCCGUAAAGACAUGAGGGGGACGUGUAAAUUCUACACAGAAAGGACCAACCUGGGGUUAAAUCACUAACUGUACUCUGCUGCUGAAAUAAAACAUUCCAGUUGUGAGUCGUCUGACUGAAACAAAUGUUAGUGAAUGAUUGAAGUGUUAUUCCACUCAAAGAAUGACUCCUGUUAGGUAUGUAUCUGCUUUUAUGAAGCUGCAUCUGGGGUAAAUGUAGUGGUAGAGGACUGCUACAACAUUCCAAAGGAGCACUGCACUGCUUCUCCAAGUAUCGGAACCAUGUCUGUCACAGUGAAUAUGAGCCUUCCUGAACACAAACAUACAUGUAUACAAAGUGUAUAUAUAUGAAUAUGAAUCCCACAACAAUUCAAAGGAACUCUGGGAUUGUUAUUUUGGGACUUAGUGGCUGGUUUUAUUAUAGAUUAAUGACAAACGGAGGGAGCCAUACUGAUUUCAGAACAGUUACUGUGAUUCAUUUCUUGCGCCAUGUUCUGUUGUUAAACCAGUGUGUGAAUUAUUUCUGAUCUAACAAACUGUGUACAAAUCUAUGAAUGAAUUAGACUCAGUGAUGUCUGCAGGACUGCUCCAGCUGCUGUAAAGACCUGUUCUUUCAUUUCACAGUUAUAGUAGAUUCAGUGUUUUGGUUUCACUGUUGAUGCUGGAGUUUAAUUUUACUGAAUGACAGCAUUUUAAAAGACAGUGAUAAUAACUUUUAUUGACUGAAAUCAAAUUUUAUCAGUGUGGGAGCUUCAGGAAAAUGAGUUUAUACUGACCAGCCUCCAACACUGCAGCUGUUUUUUUACGUCACCAAAUGCUACCUGGGCGUGAUGACGUCACGUUUUAAAAACUCAAGCCUCCUAUGCACGAGGACAGAUGCUGCCGGGUGCGGUGGCGCGCGCCUGUAAUCCAAGCUACCGGGAGGCUGAGGCUGGCGGAUCGCUUGAGCUCAGGAGCUCUGAGCUGCAGCGGACUAUGUCGAUCGGGUGUCCGCACUAAGUUCGGUAUCGAUAUGGUGCUCCUGGGGGAGCCCGGGACCACCAGGUCGUCUAAGGAGGGGUGCACCGGCCCAGGUCGGAAACGGAGCAGGUCAAAGCCCCCGUGCCGCUCAGUAGUGGGAUCGCGCCUGUGAAUAGACGCUGUAGUGCAGCCUGAGUAACACAGCGGGACCCAGUCUUU